UUUUCCAAAACGUAAACAAACGGGCUAACGGUAGUGAAACAUGGAGGAAAGGGACGAAGUGAACAAGAAAUGCGCUACAGACAACGCCUGCACGACGGAAGAAGUGAACGACCAGCCUGACGAGGCUACAGGAGAAACCUCGUCUCAGUUGUCCAGCGCUAAAAGCGCGUCUAAGCAGCCCGGCGCGGCCGCUCAGGUGGGGAGCAGGCUGAAAUUAUUCAACAAAGUAAUGGAGAAGAGCCUGGGGAAAUUCAUCGACGACGCCAGUUUUCACAGAUUCACGAACGCGUUCCAGCCGUUAUACAAGAAGGACCCUGGGCUGAUGAAGAGCAUCCAUAAGCAGUUCAUCAUAGACCUGCAGAGAACUGUAAAGGCGGACAUCGACAGGGUGAUCGAAGAGGGACAGUUGCAGGUUAAGUUGGAUGAUUUGGACAAACUGGAGAGAGCUGCUAACAGCACAGACCCAGCAUGGCGUCCUACUGGGGUCCCUGAAGAGGACCUGUGCAGUUUUGUGAUGCCCUAUUACCAAAAGCAGGAGGCCUACCUGCGACGGGAGCUGAAGAAGAUCCAAAGGGAGAAUGCUGCCCUAGCACAGGGGGUGCAGGCUGGCAGAGAGUGCAUUGCUCAGACAGAACUACGCAUUGCAACAGCUGCAGAUGAGUGGAAGGAAUCCGUCAGAGAAUACCAAAAGCUGGCCCCGUCUCUCUGCCCAGUUGAUACGUUUGACGUAUGACAAUGCAAUCGACACACCUGACCCUUAUGACAUGCAGAUGUUUGAAGUAACUUAACUGUACAUUGGGAAUUUGUCUAUGUUAAUAAAACUUGAA